AUGUCACUCUCUUCAGCUCGAUCAACACCGGAACCGGAAGAUGAUAAUCGAUUGACACCUUUAUCGUCCCAACCAAUUUUACCACGACAAUCAUCAUCAGCAUCAUCUUCAUCUCGAUCACCAAAUCAACAGGAACCUUCAAAUUGUUUAUCGACCUUAACCUCUGCCUCCAUGCUGAACGCUUACCUUUACCGACCCUCUCCGACAAACACAGCAGCCGCAGCAGCUCUUGUUUCAGGACUAUUAGACUAUCGAUUUGCAGCCGCUGCCGCUGCAGCCCAAGGAGGAGGCGGAGGAAUCGGAUCAUCAACACCAAACUCAAUUCUAUCAAUGAAUGGUACCAAUUUCUCAGAACGUAAAUUUAAAGCUAAACAAUAUCUUUCCAUUGCUGAAAGAGCCGAAUUCUCAUCUUCUCUUAAUUUAACCGAAACUCAGGUCAAAAUUUGGUUCCAAAAUCGUCGAGCCAAAGAGAAACGGUUAAAAGAAGCGGAAAUUGAAAAAAUUCGUAUGGCCUCAAGACCGGCGACCAUUUUAUCAUCUCAUCCGUUUUCACUUUCCUCCGGAUUCCCACCCAAUGUGUCUCAAUCAACCUCAAGAUAUAUUAGUAUGCCGUCACUUGAAGAGAUGAAUAUUAAUCAACCUCGAUCUUCUGCUGAUCAACACUUCUCCAUCCAACGUUGA